AUGGAAUAUAAUGGAGAACUAGAUGAGGAAACUGAGGCUUUCGGUGCAGAAUUAGAAAGCCUGUUGCAGGGUGAUCUAGGCAUCAACAUGGUUUUCAUCUUACCAAAAAAGUUCAGAGCGGCAAAAGGACAAGAAAGCACUGAAAGCUUUGAGUGCAGGCUAGCAGAGGUAGAGGAGGUGCCAGAACAGCUAACACUUACUGCCAAGCAAACUUUUGGGGGUAUUCCUAUUCCCAAAGUGAUGAUAAAUGGAGGUGCAACUAUUAAUCUUUUACCCCACAGAUUGCUGAGCAAGAUGGGCAGAACAGAGAAGGAUUUGAUUCCAGCACGCUUAACUGUCACCAACUUUGCUGAGGGCAUCACUAAAACUUAUGGAAUCUUGGAUGUGGAUGUUAUAGUUGGAACCAAAGAGCUAAAGAUUGCAUUCUUUGUGGUAGACACCACUUCUACAAUUUACAAUGCAUUACUUGGUAGGGACUGGAUUCACCAAAGCUUAUGUGUUCCUUCCACUCUGCAUCAGCAACUAGCCCUAUGGAAUGAAGAGGGUUACAUGGAGAUAGAAGAGGCCGAUCCACGACUAUUUCUCCCCUCUGCCAUGUGUUUUGAGGCAAGGUAUUAUCAUGAUGAACUUGGACCUUUCACUUUCCUUGAAGUCAACCAGAACGGCCGCCCCCAUGGUGUCACGGCCCAGAGACUCAUUGAAGAUGGUUUAGCCAGUUCUCUAGAAGACUGGAAAAGACCUUUUGUUCUAAACCUCUAA